GUUUUACUCGCCAUUUUGAUGGCGUCAUGUAGUUGCAAUCAAUGCUCAUCUAUACUUUUCGGUGGAAUGGUAGCUAGCCUAGAAGCUAGCUCGGUUCGAUACUUACUUGCAACAGAAGUUGCAACCAACUUGCUGACAUCAAUCCUUUGGUGGCGGUCACUUCGUUGUCCACUGAAAAGUAUGGUGAGAUCGGAGCAGACCAGGGCAUGGUCAGAGUCCAGAUAGGUACUCCAAAAGGAGCGGCAGUCUUGUACACAACCACGCCUGAGGUAGCUGAUGGCGAUGUGAUCAAUCUGAGUCCAGGCUUGAGAUGCAGAGGGAGGACGCCAGGUGGCACAUCGGCGAUGACUGUGCCGAAAGUUAGUGCUAGUCAGAAACAGGUUGUGGUCUGUGCACAGUUGCAGUAGACGGUCCCCGUUAUCUGUCCUGCGACCAACAAGUUCCCAUCGGCCACCUAAACGACUCUCUUCUGUGCCUAGACGCCCGACCUGAGCAUUCAAGUCUCCGGCUAGUAUUACUGGAGAAGAACGAUUAACUGGUGGUAAGAUUCAUCCUUGAUUGCAUGCGGGCUGCAAUCUGUCGGGGCAUAGGCGGAGAUGACGAAAAGACAUCGUUUCUCACGCCGAUUUCUUCUCACUUUGAUGGAACUCUCUAAUCUAACAGCACAUAACCGACUGUUAAUGGGGGAUCCAAUCGAUUAGUGCUGUCUCAGCUCUAGCGCUUAGUGCGACAUCAGUGCCAGCAAGACCAGAAGAAAAUGCCACAGGGUCUCAGGCUAAGCGCACGUAAAACAAGCUUUUUGAAGCGAGAGAUGGAGAGUGAAUUUGCAGUACUUCACUAGAGUUUUGAAUACGGGUCUCGGAUAGACAACAAACGUCGAUAUUGAGACUUUCUAAAGACAGAGCCAGCCCUAUCUGUUGUCUGACCUGCAUAAUUGUGCAAACUUUGAAGGCAGCCAGUUUGAAUGGUGCACGUAGUUUCGGAAAAACUGCUUCAGUAUUCGUAUUUGGUGGUAGCAUUCAAUUUUCAACCGGUCAGUGACUCGAGAACGUCUAGAUAAAACCGAGUUUCCACCAUAGGCGAGCUGCUGUAUAGGUCGAAAAAUAAGGAUACAUAAAGUGGGAAUAAAAGAGAGUGAAUAAAUGACGUAGUAAAUAAUAAUAAUAAUAACAACAACAAUAAUAAUAAUGUGAAUCGUCUGACUGUUAAUCGAAGCAAGAAUAGUAUUUUCCGUAAGUAUCGUCAUUUCAUUCUGUUUGUGUGUGGGCUGUGAUACUGCCCGGGUGCCCAAACCGAAGCAAGUGGUUUUCUUAGAGGGCAACACUCCUAGCCUUUGACCUAAAGGUCUGCCCCACAAGGCAGUGGAGCAUCGUGAGGAGAUGCAGUCCCAUGUUAGCCGGUGACCAACAAUUGGUUCAUACGCCAUUUGUUCCCCAGGAUCCUGGAGCCCAUGUACACCAUUGGGAAUAGAAAGUUGAUAAAUAGACAGUACACAAUAAUACGGUGCAACGUCGUGCCAAGUGUUUAGGAGACCGAAGUUGAAAUGGCUUGCAUUCGGUAAAAUUCGUUCACUAUUCUCCCCUGAAUGUUGAGUUCUAAUGUUACUUAGUACUCCGUAAUAUACUUUGUAAUAUCCUAUUUCACUUAUUCUCUUCGAACCAUACUCUCUAAAUUUGGUCUUACUAUCAUCGCUGCUCCUGUUAUUUCGACUCACGGUGUCUUAUGAUAAUUUGAACCAAUAGAUAUUUUUGCCAGGCCUCAUGGUCAUAAUAACUAAAUGAUUGACUGUUUAACUCGUGAAGCUUUUGAAAAAGACACUGCCUUCAAAUGAAUAUUUUUGAUAAAGGUGCAUAAAAAUAACGAGUUGCAUAUAUUUGACAAACAUAUGUGUUAUAUCUUCCAUAACUCAUAGUCACGUUAUCUUAAUAAAACAUUUUGCAUAGAGAUGAUUUACUUAUUUAACAACCCAGUGGUUUCAUUUGGCAUCUGUUGUGAAUUUGUGAUCCGGUUCUGUCAGUUAGUUAUUCUUCCUAACAAUCAGUGAAGUAAUCAUUCUAUUAGCAUUCAUUCCAGUAUUUCAUCAAUUGAUCGUCUCAUCAAAUCGUUUAUGUUGGUUAAUAGUACUGUCUCUACAUGUGAACUGCGAAAAACAAUGGGGGUGUUAAUUGUCUGAAUCGCUAAAGUCAACUAUGUCAAUAUAGUGCACUAAUUCCAGCUGGUACGUUGCUAAGAGAUACAAAGCGUAAUCUUGAGCCACAUACUGGAUUUUGUGCAGUUUAAAGAUUUUUUCUGUUUUGUGGGUUUCCUAUAUAUUUUAUUGCAUAUAGUCUACAGUAGGUCAUUGGUAAUUAAGGUUGAACAAUACAGUAUAAUGAAUUGUUGAUAUGUCUGUAAAUAUUACUGAAACUGAUAUGUAUUUCUUUCGAAAAAAACUAAAUUAUUGACUGGUUGGUUGUAAUUUAAUAUUCACCUUAUUUUUUGUGUUAUUUUUUUCGAGAGGCUUAAAUUUGCGGAAACCAUAACAAAUAAGGACAAGGAAUUAAUGAAUAAAAUACUGUGAGUUUGUUUUGUUUUAUAUUUUCUAGUAAAUCGAUGAAUCUACAGACACAUAAAAAACUAACAUUUUUAAAAAUCUCAGUGGUUAACUUCACUUCACUCUCAAUUCUGCUCCAAUCAUCAAGGAAAUAGUCAGAAAUCAAAAUUACCACAUAGAAUAUAAGGUAAUAAAACAGCUAUUUACUAUACAGUUAUCCAGUCGUGUUGAGAUAUUGUUUCUGUGUGAAUGGGAGUAAUUUUAUGGGGAAAUGUAUCUAAAUUGUGUCAUGCAAAAUGUAUGUACUUGCAGUUCCUAUUUGACAGCUGGUGACUAUAUUUGGCUUUACGCCUACAUUUACGAUCAAAUUUGUCAUUCUGGUCUGUAGCCAAAGAUCAAACUUUUUGAAGCAUGUAUGGAUUAAGAAAGACAUUAGUUUCUUAAGUUAAAUACCUAAGAUUCUAGUGGAUAUUAUUUACUUUUUAAAUGUCGCCCACACAUGUUGCCCUCAAAUAUUGUAAAACUGUUCACUCAAACUGGACAGAAUUUCUUACAGACAUAAAAGAAAUGUUUCGUAACAAAAUAAUGCUGUAAAAAACAUUCUGGCACUAAUGUGACGAUUCAGAUAUUUUGUUUUGUCUAAAUAACUUUAAUGUACAAGGGCAUUAAUUAAAGUUGAAAGCAAACUUGUGACGAUGUUCUAAAUGAUGACCACUGGAUUGCCGUUCAUGCACUUUAUUGGUCAAGCUGUGACUGAGAUGUUAAAUACCGAACGGGUCUCAGUGCUACUUUAUAAUAUCAUCAUUUUCCUCUCCCAUAACCAAAUAAUCUAUUUACCACUCUCAACAAUGGAUGUCAUUUCUCAAAACCCGACAUCACAAAUACAUAUUUCUAAGUAGUAGUCGAAUAAAGCUUUGUGGAAGAGUUAUUGUUAAUGUUUAGUGUUUUUUUUCUCAGGACAGAAACUAAUUAAUUUGUACACAUCUGGCAUAUCAGAUGAUAAAUCUCAAUAGUUAUAAUCAUUCAUUGAAUAUUUGACAUAAUUUUUAAUUUUCUGUCGUUGUAACACAGUGUUUUCUAAUAAAUAAAUCAUGUUAGUGAAUUUCCAAAGUUUCUUUUUAACCGUUGUUUUUAUUUCAGAUUUAUAUCUAACGUAUUUCACGAAAUAAUCCGACGAGCUCCCAAGUCAGCUGAUAGUCAGGUCGUGUAUGAUCAAGUUCGUCAAGGAUUCAAGUCAUUAAAUGUUGAUCUAACCAGUGAUAGGAGUUUUAUUACUUAUUGGGAUAAGGUUAGUCGUUUUGACUUAUUAUCUUCAUUGUAUGCUGAGCAUAUACUGAAACAAAGUUCUCCAUCAUUAUUGGUUAUCUUAAAAAAAUAUCUUUCCAUUAAACUGCUGAGUAAUCGGGAAAAAUGUGAAUGCCUUGUAGGCGAACAAUUGGUGAAUUUAUUUGAAGGAACUCAGUCGUAUUCUGAAUUAAUGGAAUCUCCACUAAGCAAACAACCACUUGAUUCUUCAUCUCAGGUGUUGUAUCAGACAGAAGGCAUUUUAGUGAACGAGAACACAAGCGGGGAUAAUCAAAUGUAUUUGAACAUAAAAUUACAGAAUAGCUUAGUAAAGUCUGAGCACUAUACAGUAAAUAUAAAUAAAAUAAUAUAUUUGUAAUAUCCCACUCAAUCCCUGCUUUCUUAGCGAUUCAAAUUAUGUUUCGAUUAAUUCCAAUAUUCAAACACUAUCUACAUCUCAUUGUUCAUCAUUACCGUUGUCAAAAUCAAAUAAUUCUAUGCAUUUGAACAAGAUUCAACCUUCUAAAAUUGUAACAUUUGAUAUUUAUAUUGCUGGAAUAUUGAAUGAGAAUAAAUUCAGUCAAUGUUUAUUAGAUAAUAUUAUUUUACCUAAAUUAAUUCAUUCGAAUUUAUCAUAUUAUCAAGCUGUACAAAAUAAUUUCCAUGAAUCAUUUGAAAGGAAUAAGAAUUUGUCAACAUUUUGUGAAGAUUUAGAAAUUGAACAGUUAGAAAUUCGUAAAAAUUGUCGGCUUUUAUUGUAUAUAAUUGAUAAUAGUUCUUUUCAUUUAAUUACUCUAAUGGAGGCAGCCUAUUCUAUAGGAUGUCAUUUACCUGUAGUUCUUUUCAUACAAAUGUUUAAUUCUUCUAAUGAAACACACGUUAAUAGUUGUAAUAUUUCUCAUGAGAAAUAUGAACCUAAUUCAAUUCAACAAUUAAUAUACGAUGACUGUAAAGUACAACAAUUUUCUAUUAAUAAUUUUGUUAAUAUUAACAUGAAAAAGAAUACUCAUAGCAGUGAUGUUUCCAGUGAUUUCAUUGGAAUAAAUCCUUCUCUUUCCAAUGAACAAUUAUCAAUGAAAUCUAAUUCUUUGGAUUGUGGCAUUGUAAUUGAUUCACAUCAUUCUGUUCAACAUUCUACCAAUAAUUUUAAUUGUUUAAGGGAUAACAAUAAAUCUAUCAAUUCACAACUACAUGAUAAUAAUAAAAAUAAUAAUAUUCCUAUGAAAUCACUUUCACAACAAGCCAUUAAGGAUUAUAAUCGUGUACGUAUGUAUUUAAUUGAUUUAGCUCAAGAAUUAAAUAUCCCUGUUGCAUACGAUAUUGAAACAGCUCUUGAUUUGUGCAUCUUUAAACUAAAAACACAAGUUUAAAUUCCUAUGUAGGCAGGAAAAAAAACAACAAACAGUUAUACAUAUUGACCAUUCCAUGUCUCGCCUACGGUGAAUAUCUUUUUGAUUGUUAUUUCUACCUCUACAAAUGUUAUUACUUCUGUUAUUUUGAUCAUUCGACCAGUUAUUUUUCUUUAAGCAUUGUCUUAAAUCUUGUUGUAUUCUGCUUUGUUCUGUACAUGUUAUCUAAGUUAGCAAAAAAGAGAGUAAAAUAGAAUUGGAGUACUUUACCAAGUAAUUAGCAAAAUGUUUAAGCCUGUUAAUGCUUGAAUUAAAUUUACCUGACUGAAUUUAUUUAUAAUUUUCUUGAAAUGUGACUAUGAUGGUUUCGUUUUCUAUUCAUAGAAACUAAACUAUGUGAUUUUGUUUUACACUCUUAACAUCACAAUUCUAUUCUUUUUUUCACUUAUGUACAUAUCCAUGUAAUUACAAUAAUCACUUUACAUUACUUUAUAUAAUUUUAAUUUCUUUUAAAUGUUUGUGUUUUUGUGUUAUUGUUUACAUGCUAUACACUAGUUGUAUUUAAUUUGUGUGUUUUUCUAAGUUGCUGCUCAUAUUUAUUUAUGAUUUUAACGAGUAAUUAUUAUUUGUUGUUUACUGUUCAUUUAAUUUAUUUCAUCAUAGUAACGGGGUAAAUUGAUUCUAGAAAAAAAGUGAUUAUAAUUAACAGGGUCUAAAUAUUGAUAUUCUUAAACGUUUACUUCUAUUCAAAUUAAGUUUACCUGGGAGUUUUGUGUUAUGUAUUCGUCAAUUUAUUAUGAAUGAAACUUGAAUAUAGUAAUAAUAGUUACGUUGAGAAAAC